CAGGGGUUUGGACUUUUCUAAACGGAAGCACCACGGAGGAGGUUUAAAGCACAGGUUUUGCAUCCAAACUAACGGGAUCAGACGAGCUCCACUAAAUACUGGCUCUAUUAUCUUUGAUCAAUCACUGGCCCUCUCUUAGCCUUAGUUCCCCCGUAUAUAAAAUGGAACUGAUAUUUCUUUCUCCUGCGGCUGUUGUGAAGAAAGGAUUAAAUGGCAUGGCAAUGCUGGCGUUAAGCACAAUUUCUGACCGGUUAAAAGUGUUACAAGGACUUGGUUCUUGUAAGGUCCCCAACCUCGCCCCGCCACCGCCAUCGUGCCUACCGGACCCGCUUCCGGGAGCCCCUUCACCUCAGUCUCCCUCAGCCGAACGCGGAUCCCUCCGCCCUCGCGUCACUUCCGGGAGAUUCUGGCCGACGCUCCUCGAAAUACCCGGAUGUAAAUAUCAUGGCUGCCACCAGUCAGGGACCGUAAUGGAGAUCGAGUCAAGAGUUGCCCGGAAAGCGCUCAGAGCUUGGGGCUUCGAGGAGGCCUGUCAAAGGACAAAGGUUGAGACUGCUGGGCGGCAGGGUACUGCAAACGAUCCUAGGAACUGCGCCGCCUCUGCCCUUCCUGUUAACUUGCCUCCAAGUUUUUCUGGAGGAAGCGCUCCUCUUGGCAGGGUGGGGCUGGCUUCCUCCCCGGGCCUUUUUUGUAUGCCGGGUUUUUGUUCCCGUCACUCCUCUCAGUCCUGGAGCUGGGCGGGCAGUGCGGUGGCUGGCCUGGGAGAAAGGGGCGGGCCAGAGGCUAGGACAGAGAAAGGUGGGGCGAGCUGGUGGCAACCGGGCGGCCGAGGAUCGGGGGCGCCUCGUUAAGUGCAGCGUCGAGCUGCCGCCCCACUGGAACCUGGUCCCUGGUCAUUUCCGCCGAGAUGCUCCUCACACUGGGGCGCUCAGAGUUGGCCAUAGAGCUCUUCCCUGCCGACCCAACCAUACUCACUGGUAGACUUUGAUCUUCGAAAAUAUCUAGGAUGUGUAUAGUGCAAUAUGUGAUGGUUUAUUUAAAAUCCCAAACGAGCAAACUAAUAGUGUUAGUUUUAAGUUUCAGAAUUAAUAGGGAAAGUUUGCAUGUUGAGUCGUGUGGUGGUUUUCUUUUAAGGUUUAAAUUUGGAUAACAUGUUGUGCUUGUGAGAUUUUAACAAAACAUUCUUUUAAAAUAAUUGGUAUGAGAAAAUAGGCUAAUACUUAAAAUAUUCAGAAAAUUGUACUUUGCUACUGCGCACUUGUCAUGAUGAAACAUGAAGACAUCAGAAUUGUACCUCCUGAUAAGGCUUUAAUUGCCGGAAGCUAAUAAAAAUACAGUAAUUCUAGGUAUAGAAUUAUUAAUUUGAAUUAGUUCUCUUUUCUGCAGGGUGUCCUGUAGGUUUUGACAUCGAGUGAAACCGGAACAAAUGUAGGUCUGUUGGGUUCUUGGCACAGUACCAUUUGGUCCUGGACAAAGUAUUGUUAAGGUGGAAAUUUUUAUUGUAUUAAUCAUUUCAAACCUUUGGCCAGUCUAUUUAGUUUUCUACUGUUUUAGUCAAAUAACUAGAUGUGGGCUUCAUAUAAUGAGCAAUAUUUGUGGGAUAAUUGAUGAUCACUUUGAAUAAUUUCCUACCAAGUGUAAAGUUUGAUAUCAAAUAGUUCA